AUGCUGUUGAAGAUAUUCAUAAAAAGUCCUUUUCUCCUCGGAAGAUUUGUGUCAACAAUUGAAUUGACACGAAAUGCGAUCGCCAAUAAGCCCCUGCAAUGGAAUGAUCUAAUCAAAUGGCUUGAAAAUGGACAGAAAACCUUAUUAUGGCGUGAUGAAUCGUGUGCUCAACGAUAUAUUGAACAUCAAAAACAAGUUGCUCGAGAUUAUCGAUCCAUCAAUGACUUUAUACGCAUUCAUUAUCUUAAAUGGGAUGUAGAUAUCGAUGAAAGCACUCACAAACGUCUUGCUAUUCCAAUUUCCAAUAUUCAGCAUUGGGUCAUCUGGUGUGAUCCAAUACCAAAGAUUCCCGAAGCAGUUAUUGACGAAAUCAUUCGAAAAAAUUUUCCCUAUGAAAAAUACGAAACUCUCAGUUUUGUGAACCCACCUCGAUUAAGAUCUGUUUCGGAUGUGUUCCAUGCACAUAUGAAAAGAACACAGGUCGAGAAUUACGAUACAACACCAAAACGAUUGAAAAUAGGAAAUUUAUCGGCAAAUAAUAAUGAUCAGUUUGAUAAGUUUAUUAAUAAAUUUCGAUCAUCAAUCGAUACAAAUAAUGAAGAUUCUCGACCUUUUGAUGUUUUUAAACAAUAUUUGAAAGAAUGUUUGGAUGACACUACAGAUUCAAAAAUUCUUCCAACGUUUAUCAAAAAGACUAUUCAAAUCGUGAUUACUUCUUCGAUAUCGACCGUUCAUCAUCUUGUCUUCACAAAAAUUAUUGGUCUUAUCAUCAUCUAUUUGGAUAACAUCUCAUCAGAUGCCUUACUCGAUAUCACACAUGAGAUCAUCACGAAAUUAAUCGAAACAUCAGUCAACGCUGACAUUAUGAUUGAACUUUUACGAAGUAUCUAUUUACAACAAGUGAAACGGGAUGAAACUCAAUCUGCAUCAGGAUCAGCAGCAACAAUGUGCGAAUCCGUUGUUCAACAAUUAGGCAAUACAACAUGGACUGAAGACAAUUACGCGAGUCUCAUCGCUAUUAUGAAAACAAUUCCAUUUUCCGAUAAUGAAAAACGAACAUUCAUCGAUAUUAUGUUUACUUUGGAUUUUGAAUCAAUGGUUGAUCAACUACCUGUAUUUGUUGUAAAUAUUCUCAAAUUGUGUAGUGAUACUCGAUUAGAAAAUGAAAUCACCAGUUCAAGUGGAUAUAUAUUCGAUCGUUUAAUCCAAUAUUUCAUUGAUUUGGAUAAAAAAUCCAACGAGAAUAAACAAUAUACAGCUAACGUUCGACUUUGCAUUGUUCACAUCUUGAAUGCUAUUGAAUUAUCACCAGAACUCGGAACAAUCUUGCUUCGGACAUUUAAAAAAAUUCAAAGUAAUGAUGUUGCAAAGUUAUUUUCGCCAUUUUGCUUGGCGUUUGUAUUCGCAUUACCGAAAGAUCGAACUAUCAAAGGAAAAUUUAUUAAACAAUUAAAAACGGCAUUUGAUCUUGUCUGUCAAACAUUCGAAAAGAACAAUGAGGCUUUUUGGUUGAUACUCUUCACGAAAAUCAACUAUAACGAUUUCUAUCGUGAUUAUUUACUACAACUUGCUAAGAAAGAAUUAUUUGGAGGUGAUCUAAUUCUUUCGGGUUUGAUCGAUUUUUGUUUUCAAUUACUUGAUGAAUACAGUCAAUCACCAAUACCUGUGAAUGAAUCAUCAUUUUCAGUUAUCGAACUAUUGAAAACAUUAGCAUCAAAAUGGUUAUCGGACAUCGUACGAUUGCAUAAAUCCGUGCAAGAGGAAGUUAUACAUCGUCUAUUCGAUCGAAUACUUGAAGCGAAAACCAAUGAUCGAACUGUGAAACAUUUCAUUGAACAAUUGUACGAUGUAAUGAAAACAAAUAGUCAUCGAUUUGUUAAGUGGCCUGAACAAUUGAAAGAUCGACUAGAUCAAAUUUUACAUAUGCGUUACGAAUUAGCUCGUGAUGUACUCGAUGCAUUCAAACCUAUUAUUAAAUUAAGUGGGAAUACACCUUUUCGUGAAACGUACUUUCAAUUACUUCGCACAGCAAUGUACCGACCUCGGUUGGAUUGUCGGCGAAUGGCAGUAGACGGCUAUUUGAUAUUGUUAAAACAUGCUAAAUGGUUGAUUCGACCACCAUCUGCACAAGCAAGUCAAAUGACAAUGUUUUCCUUAGUUGAACGUGGCGCAACGCAAAUGAAUACGAUUAAUUCAACGCAACGUUCAACAGAAGGACAAUGUAUUGAAUUAUUAAUGCAAUUAAGACGAAGUCUUUCCCAACAGUACGAUGUACGAUUGGCUGUUUAUGAGGGUUUAUUACCUGUCCUUCGUAAAAGUCCCAUCCUUAUGGCACCUAUUCUAGAUAUGCUUAUUUCUCAGAUUGCAUUGUACUAUGAACCGAUGGGAGAUAAAUGUACGUUGAAUUUAUCAUCUUGUUUGCUGGAACGUGAUGAUAAAACCCAAAUUAUCGAACCAUUUGCACAUCUACUUCAUUGUCUUUCUCUUUGUUUACAUCGUGCUGAUUGUCUCUUAAAAGCCAAUUCGAAAAUUUUCGACGAAGAUCCCGAUGUCGCUGUGUAUAUCAAAAAAGCAAAUGAUAUUUUCAAACGUCUCAUUGUGUUAUUUGAUGAUGAUGAAUUUACUGAUCUGGUUGGAGCUAAAGGUUUACCAGAAGAUAAAACAAGCCCACAAAUGUAUACACUUUGUAUUGAUAUUUGUAAUGUUUUAAUUGAAUACAAAUUUAUGCGAAUGAAAGAUGCAGAAUCGACCGCAAGUGUAUUGAAAUCAAUUGAUCAAGAAUCUCAUUUACAUGAAAAAAUGUCCAAGGCAAAACUGCGCUUACCAACAGCAGGCAAACUGAUAUCAUUUACGUGCUUGAAACGAUUUUUACAUUCGAUUCUAUGGUCAAAAAUGUUUACUGCGGAUCUCGAUUCGUCGAAUCAUAAUAUCGAUCUGGAUGCACUCGGUGAUGACAUAGGUUAUCGUAGUUAUGUCAUGCGUUGUUGUCUAUCAAAGUUUCGUUCGAUUUUAACGCACGGUAUCAAAUAUUAUUUUGAUGCCGAAAACAUGCGACAGGACAAACUACAAAUGAUGCUCAUUGAUCUUCAUAUAAUUCUGUAUCAAGCUGUAACGAAAGAUAUGUCAAUAAUCUUAACCGAACAAAUCUUGCAAUUAAUUGUGGAAAUAUGGAAGAUCAUCGUUAAUAACUUUCGUGGCGCAGCAGCAUUGAUGAUUGAUAGCGCAAUGAAAGCAUUCAGUGGUGAUCCCGAUGCCAUCGAUUCCAAUAUAAGUUACAGUCAAACUGAUCCUCAAACAGCACGUUUUGCUGAAAGUUUCAAAGCAAUCUAUAAACGAAUUGAGGACGAAUAUAACCAACUGAUUGAAGCAGCUGGUGUUGACGGUUCGACAGCGAAAGCUUCAGGUUGUUUGAAAGCGCUGAUCUACGUUGCUGACAUUCUCGAACUAGCAUUGAAAGAUGGAGAACACAUUGAUCGCAAUGAAUAUCAGUCAUUUGCUGAAUGGGUUAGUUCAACGUGUAUGCAAGGCAAAUAUGAGGACCAUCAAUUAAGCAAAGCGUUAGUUCGUUUACUCUUUAAACUUUCAUCGAAAAUUGGUAAUCAUGCACCACUCCUUCGAAAAGUGGCUAUGGACAUUCACGGUCAAUGUGAAGAUGUUUCCGAAGAUACAAAAUUCGUUCAUCAACCGUAUUUCGCUAUUAUCAACGAAAAAACACAUAUGAUCAUAUUGAAUAACAUCCUUCUGCCCGAAUUGGAACGAAUGAUCAACAGUCUGGAAUGGAUUAUUCAAACCCAAAUUUUAUCCAAUGAUCAAAUUACUCAUUUCUGCGGACAAUUAUCAUAUUCGAUGACCACCUUCGGACAAAUUUUACAAUGUCGGUUAAAAAACAAAAUGAUGAUUAUCAACAUAGUCAAACUCUUGACGAAAUUGUAUACAAUUCUCGAUGAAUUCACUCGUCAGAUGGUUAAAAAUAAAACACCGAUACGCGAUGAAUUCGAAAAGCUUGCAUCGAUUUCUGGCUCACAAUUACAACAACCGUGCUACGGUUUUCUUACUUAUACAAUGAGUUUGGAAUUGGAUGAUGAAGAAGAAGUUGUCAAAAAGAAAAAGAAGAAAAAUGAUAAAAAAGAUCCCAAAAAGAAGAAAAGUGUGUUAAAAGAUACACUCGUACCAAAAUUAGUUUACGAAAUGGAACAAUACGAACGAUCGCUACUUGAAUUAGGCAAACAACAAGAUAAACGCUUAUUGGAAACAUUUAAAAUGUCAGCUGUACGAGAUUUUCGCUUCAACUUGGAUAGUAUUCCUGACGAUCAAUCUGUGUUACAAACAAGUCGUCAAGAGAAUGAUGCCGAAGAAGAUGAUGUAGAAGAGGUGGAAGAAGAAAAUGAAUAG